GACUUUGCUGCCUUCCUCUUGCCAGAGCAAGCUUUGGAGUGUGGGCUGUUUGAGGAGCAGCAAGCCUUCGAGAAGAGCCGCAAGUUCCUCCGGCAGCUGGAGAUCUGCUUCGCUGAGAACCCUGCCCACCACCAGAAGAUCAUCAAGGUCCUGCAGAGCUGUGCAGACUGUCUGCCCCAGGAGAUUGCAGAGCUGAAGACCCAGAUGUGGCAGCUGCUGAAGGGCCACGACCACCUGCAGGACGAGUUCUCUGUGUUCUUCGACCACCUCCGGCCCUCGGCCAGCAGGAUGGGAGACUUCGAGGAGAUCAACUGGACAGAGGAGAAGGAAUACGAGUUUGACGGGUUUGAAGAGGUGUCUUUGCCAGAUGUGGAGGAGGAGGACGAGCCACCCAAGAUCCACGGGGCCGCGAGGAGCAAGAAGAGGAAGGAGAUGGGGGGACAACACAACGACAAGGAGGUCGAGUGGGUGGAGGGGGUGAAGGAGUGUCUGUGUGUCUGUUCCAGGAG